CGCAAUGGCACGAGUCUCAGAUCUUAUCCGGGACUCGAGGCUAGAGACCUUUUUUCUUCCCGAUUGUAGUGUGGAAACAGUCCAUACUUACCGAGAAUCGGACCUUUCUUUGCGCAGGCGCGUUGUUGCUAGAUCUGAACAUUGGAAACGACUUUCUAAAAUUGGAGGUGGUGCUUAUGGAAGUGUCUGGUUGGAAAAAUGUAUCAAAGACAGUCAUCAGUGCAAUCUACAAUCACUUCGAGCCGUUAAGCAGAUUGAUGUGGAUUCGCGAUUUGGUCCUAUCGAUUAUAACCGCGAGCUAGAAGCUAUUGCUAAAUUCUCGCAUGCUCGAUAUGUGCGAUGCUUUGUACGGUCAUUUGGGUGGUACGAAGGCCCCGACCAGCUAUUCAUUGCUAUGGAAUAUCUCGAACUCGGUGAUCUGUAUCAAUAUUUACACGACAAGCCAGCACUUCCAGAACUUGAAGCAAAAGAGAUAGCCUUUCAAAUACUAGAAGGCUUGGAAAUGAUGCAUGAAAAUGAUUUCGCUCACCGAGACCUAAAGCCGAGAAACAUUCUUAUCAAAGCAAGACCUCCAGACGAAUGGUGGAUCAAAAUUGCAGAUUUUGGUAUCAGUAAACGCAUCGAAGACGGCCAUGGCCAGACCUCUACUCUGCGCGGUACUCCUGGAUAUGUUGCCCCCGAGAUCUGGGGAUUUAUCGAGCGAGGCAGUGUAUAUGCGACUGACAUCUGGGCUACUGGGGAGAUCUUGUUCGAAAUACUUGUCAAGAGACAAGUAUUUGCACACCUUGGUUUGCUUUCAAUUUACGCAAACAAACAAAUGUUCCCAUCAGACCGGCUUGUCACUGCUGGUGUCAGUCAGGAGGGUGUCGAUUUUGUGUCCUCGCUGAUGAAGGCUCAACCGAAAGAUCGUCCCACAGCCAAGGCGGCUCUAUCUAAUCAAUGGCUGGCAACAAUUCCAUCCCCAACUUUGGAAGACUCUGAUUCCCGAGUAUCCAGUGUAGGGGACACGUAUGGCACUACUCCUGUACCUGAUCUGAACUCAUCAUCUGUCGAAGCAAUGACCGAAGAGUUUGCCUCGUGGGACACAGAAGAGCUGACACAAAAGAAGAUUCAACCUCGCAAGCCAGAUAAUGACAUCACGGUCUUGCUGGGCUACAACAAGACUACGCCCAAAAGUAGCACUGCUUUGAACUCCAACACCGCAUACAACGACGCCAUGAGUUACAGUCAAAACACCUCAAGAAGCAGCACUGCUUUGGACGGGUCUCAGAACAAUUUCGGCCAGACUGUUACUAUCUCCGACAACCACACCAUCUCAAGAAAGCCUGUGGCCGCUGAUAAAAGUCCCACACCUCCGCCAAUCCCGUCGAAGGACGAAAGUGUCAUUCCUCGUGGCGAACCUAGGAAUUCACCUGGAAGCACUAACGCCAAGGUCCGCGUAUCCCCUAAGUCGUCACCAUCGAAGCAAAGCCUAUCAUCAUGGUGGAAAGGGUUCAAAGCAAAUGCCCGAAAAGCCGAAAUAAAAGAAGAACCCUCCCAAGGCGUUUUUGGUGUACCGUUAGAUGUUAGCAUUAAAUACGCCAAUGUCGCACUCUCAUUGAUCAGCGAGGAAGGUGAUAGCAUGAUUACCGGAUAUGUGCCAAUAAUCAUCGCCAAGUGCGGCGUGUUCCUCAAGGCAAAGGCCACCGACGUCAAGGACAUCUUUGCAGUCAACGGGUCAUCCGAGAAAAUAAGAGAACUCGAAUUGAGUUUUGAUUCCCCGCCAAGAUACGGGAAGGGCCUAGAUUGGUCAGGCUACAGUGUGCACGAUGCCGCGAAUCUUCUCACUCGGUACCUGAUUCAACUCCCUGAGCCGGUUAUCCCAUUGGCGUUUUACCACAAAUUUCGAGCCCCAUUUGAAAUGUUAGGGCAGGACGAAGACGACAUUGAGGCGCUACUAGUGGAUCCCGCUGUUUAUGAGGGGGCUCUCGGUGCCUAUCAAAGCCUGGUCGAAGAGCUUCCUCGUAACCACAAGCAGCUGCUUGCAUACAUGCUUGAUCUUCUUGCUGUCUUUGCUGCCAAAUCAGAGCAAACUGGCAUGUCAACAGCUCAUCUUGUGGUCAUCUUUCAACCCGCGCUAUUGGCUCAUCCCUCACACGAUACCGUGCUCGAACGGAACAAGUUGAGCGGGAUGGUGUUGACUUUCUUAAUUGAAAAUCAGGAUCACUUUGUGGCAAGCAUUCGCCGGACUACCGCUGCCUCAAGGCCAAUAGUGACUGAGGGGCCAGGUAGUUUAUCACAUCAGUGGGCUGGAGCUGGUGGCUACUAG